UAAAUAUUCUUUUAACUAUAGAUUAACAUAUCGACUAUGGCCACUUUGGAUGUAAAUGAAAUUAACAUCGUAAAAAAAGAGUUACAUGUACCUCCGCUAGAUGAAAUAAAAGACGUCUUAAAAGAAGGAUUGGCCAGAAACUUCUUUGAUGUCCAAGUUGAAGUUGUUGACUGUCCAGACUUAACACAGGAACCUUUUACACUUGCUGCACCAGGAUUAGGAGGUAAUCCAACAGUGUUGGAAAUUGGUGGUCCAUCUUUCCUGCUCCCCCUUGUGCACAGGAAUAAAUUGUACGAUGUACAACAACUUUUGAAACACUUGCAGUGCUGCAAAAAUCCUUUUGUUAUUGGAGCAGGUGCUGGACCAUGGCCUCACUUAAAUUGCAAUUGUGAGCUUAUGAUGAAUAUGAUAGUCUCACCCACUGGGGUAAAAAGUGGAACUCAUAUUGCAUCUGUUGAUAAAACAAAUGGAAACUGUGUAUUGGAAAAUUUACCUAAUAAUGAAACAAGAUUAGCUAUACUGGCCAACUUGUAUGUUAGCGAUGGAAAACCAGGACAAGUAUUAAAAGUACAUGCCAAGAAGCGCACUGGCAAUGAUGAUUUCAUUGCGUGUAUGCAAAAGGCAAUGGCACAACACUAUGAAAAAAAUCUUGUGGGAUUAGGAGGAACAUUUUUAAUGAAAGAUGGAAAAAUUAAGCAGCACGUUAUGGCCGACUUUUCUACAACCCCACUGAACACAGAAAAGGAACUUAACAAUUGGUUACAUUUUUAUAACAUGUCAACACCUCUUGUAGCUGUUGGUACAUUCGUCAGCUCUGAAAGUGACGUCGAUCUUCGUGUUCAACACUUCCACAGCUUUUCUCAUCAUGGAGAGGGAGGCCAUUAUCAUAUUGAUACAACACCAGAAACUAUUGAAUAUUUAGGGUACUUUAACUUGGGUAGUGUGCUCUACCGCAUAGAUCAGCCAACAUCUAAGUUGCAGUUUGGAAAGGACUAAUCUCUUUUGCACAUAUAUGUCUCUGUGCAUACUCAGUGAUAUAAAGAAACAAACGACUGAGUAUAUAUGAUUGCAAUUUAGAAUUAUAAAACUUUACAUUACAAGUUUAUAAUAAAAUGUUUUUCUACGUGA